CGACACAGCAGUCCAUAGGGCGAGUACUGGUGAUCAGCCAGCAGCGCUUCUUCACCACUACUAAUAAGACAUGAGGGCUCUCAUCGUUCUCUCCGCACUGUGCGCCAUCGCGACCGCGACGCCGGCUUAUCUGGCUUAUCACAUCGGUGUGCCGGUCGGGCCGAACGGCGGGAUCCUGGACACACCGGAGGUGGCUCAAGCGAAAGCGACGCAUCUCGCCAUUCAGGCCUACGAGGCCGCCAGGAACACAGGAACGCUCGGUUACAGAUACGCUCUAGCAGUUUAUCCACCUGCGAUCACGUACGGCGCGCCCAUCGGCGUGGACGGCCGGGUGGUAGACACACCUGAGGUCGCGCAGGCCAAGGCUGCCCAUCUCGCCGCUCACGCCCAAGAGGCCAUCAAAACAGUUGGACUUCCCUAUGGCGCCUUGAGUACAUCGUGGCUCUACAAUCACGGUUAUGCCCCUAUUGGACCUGACGGCAGGGUGAUAGAUACCCCCGAAGUGGCACUGGCUAAGGCCAAGCACUUAGCCGUGUCCGCUCAAAGCGCUAAUUGACGACCCGAGGAAAUAUCCGUGUAUCGAUCACAAGUUUGCCUACGUUUCGAAACCGUCUCAGCCUGAUCGGCGAAAGACGUUGUGCAGAGGAACACUCGUUCCGUGUCACUCUGUAUGGAUCUGAUGUGAGGAGGAAGUUCUACUAAUAAAUGCAUCAUGUUUCAAACGUCUUGACGACUGUA